UCAGCAAGGCAGCAUUGUGAUGUGUGCGUUCUUGAGGUCCUGUUACCAGGCUGUCUAGGGCCUUGGCUCAGUCUUGAUCCAGACACCGGAGAAGACAGUCGCAGGAAGGGAGACCAGAAGACAGUCCACUCCCUCAGCCCCCAGCCCUUGGGGGCUGACGGGUAGCCAUGGACUUGUACCUGAACAACUGUUUGAAGGCUGCCGAGGCUGCCGCCUCCAAAGCGGCUUCUGGCAACCUCAAAACUGACAAAGACACUUGUAGUACCAAGAGACAGAAACCUGUUGUUCCGAAGAUUGGACCAUCUAGCCUGUUGGACUUACCCCUGGGGGCGAAACUACCUAUUAUCCCAGGAAGUACUAACAUAUUCUAUACCACAAAUAUAAGUGAAAAGCUUUAUCGGCCAUCUUUUGGUUUUAAUCUUAGUGAUCCUUACUGUAGACUCAUGGAAACCACCUACCAAAGUCUUCACGAUCCACAUCUUAAAGCAUACUUCAGACGAAAAGACAUGCUCAAGAAACUAAGACAGGGAGGAUACAUCACCAGCAAUAACAAAGUCAUAUGUUCCUUAAAAGAGUUGAACAAAUACAGACAAUAUCUUACCACUUUAAAAAUUGACUUUGAGAGAAAUUAUGUCAGGGAACAAAAAAUUAUAGAAAGCCAGGUGAAUAAGCUGAACGAAGAGAGACGAGCUUGUGACGAAGCUGCCGCUGCUGCCUCAUUUCAGCAGUGGUUGUUACGAGAAGGGAAGAAGACUUCCCCGCAUCAAGACCAUAUAAUAAAAAGAAGACAUUUGCGUAUGAUUAAUAAAGAACUAGACAAAAUUGAAGACACCUUGGGAAGACGAAACACACUGCAGUUAGAAGAAGAAGACAGACUACAUUGGCAUAAUGUUCAAACAAAACUGAAUCAACACAAAGAGAUUGAAGAGGAAUGGCAAUCCAAGGAGAUGACACUUCUAUCAAAGAUUGGAGAAGAAGUUAAGCGAGAAGCAAAAGCUGACGAACAUCGGCGAAAAAUCAGAGAGGAAAUUAACCAAAAGAAACAAGUAAUGCUUCAAAAAAGAAUGGCCUACCAUUUACAAAAACUGCAAGAAAAAGAUAGUAAAGAAGAAAGUGUAAAGAAAAAGCGGGAAGCAACCGUCCCUGAAAGCAAAAGACAACCUGAAACAGCCUCGUCAAUAACGCAAAAAAGAUCAAGUUUGGCUGAGGAGAACACGUCUCCAGAACAUCUAGAACGAAAAUCAUCUAUAUCAAGUUUAAGGACAAGUUUCUCUGACGAAAGACUAUUACAAGAAUCAUGGAUCGCUGAACAAAGACAGUUGGCAGAAUCAAGAGAGUCAAAAUCUACCUCACAAGCGACAAAACCCAGUUUUGACGAAGAGAAAUCUUCAUUUUACGAACUUCUGGAGACAAAAUUUUCUUCGACAGGUACAAGGAGAUCGAGUUUGCCUGAUGAGCAGAUACUUCACGAAUUUAUGGAACCUAAACAUCAUCGUCAUCCCAGUAUGAAGAAAACAAGUUUUGCCGAGCAGACAUUGUUUUACGAACCUACUGAGCAAAAAUAUGGUCCAGCAACUACAAAACGAUCAAGUUUUAUCAACCAGAAAUUCAUUGGAGACCUCCUAGAAGCAAGAUAUCUCUAUCCAAAUACCAUGAGAGCAAGUUUCACCGACCACAGACUGAAGGAAGAUAAUUUGGAAACAAAAUCAGCUCCACCAAAUGUAAAGAAAACAAGUUUUGAUGAAGAUAGGUCAUUUCAACAACUCAUGGAUGCAAUAACACCUCCACAAUACAUAAAGAAAACAAGUUUCGCUGACCAAAAAUCAUCUCAAGAAUCUCUGGGAUCCAAACGAUCAAGCCUAUAUUCUCAAAGUCAUAAGUUUUUUGUUAAGACAUCCGCAAGUUUACCACCUCAACAGAGGAGUGGACCAAAUACAACAGAGCCAAAGUAUGAUAGAGAAACAUCAAGGAGAUCACAUCAUUCCCUUGACAGAGGAACCAAAAGAAUCUCAAUUCCUGCUUCAUCUCAUACUUCGCAAGCAACAGAAGUUUCCAGACAAUCUCUCCAUGAUAUUCCAAAACAAGAGGCAAAUAUUCCUUUUCAAAACACACAUAAACAGAGAAAGUGAUUUAUGAAAUUAUGAUCAAGAUUAGUGUAAAAAUUCACUCAUUAAAUGACAAUUUUUAAAA